CGAUCCCUCUCAAUUCUUACUACUCACGCAGUAGAAAAAAAAUCCUAUUUGUCAAAUGGUUUCUUUUACCACAAAAUAGUCUUUAUUAGGCUAUAUAAGGUUCUUGGAAAUCGGAUUGGUGUAGAAAGAUAUUGUUUCUAAUAAAUAUUGUACGCAUUAAUCGUUUCAGGAAAUUUUAGUUAACAUAAAAUAUAGCUUUGAUUUUGGUGUAACAUUCGUAAAGUAUCAUACAGAGACAUCAUGGUGGGUCGUAUUGAUCUGUUAGUUAUAGUUUUGGUGUUUAUGAUUGGUUCAAAUCACUGUUUUCUAUUUACAAAAGAAAAAGUUGACUGUCAAAUGUCGCAAUGGAGCGAGUGGAGCGAGGUAUAUGGAUUUGGAGCACGAUCUAAAGAAAGGGUCAUUCUUAGGCAUCCAGACAAUGGUGGCAAACCCUGUCCAACUGAUACGGACAUAACUGAGUACACAUCAAGGAAACCAACGAUUCAAUCAACAGCAAAUACAGUAAUCACCAGUUUUCUGCAGAAAAAAAUUAAGACAAAUUCAACGACUUCUCAGGGAACCGUUAAAGCAAAGGUACCGGGUGUUUUCAGAGAUUUAUUGAUCAUUCUUGAUUCGUCUACCAGCAUAGGAUCUGGUAACUUUGAAAUAGUUAAAGAGCAAUUAGGUGAACUUUUAGGCCUGCUCUGUCCAUCUACAGAUCCCUUUAUUUCAAAUAAACGUACUGUUUAUAACCGAGCGGCGCUGAUUCAGUAUUCUAAUAAUGUGGUUGAAGAAUUUGAUUUCAAUGACAAUCAUAAUUUGGCAGAGCUGAAGGCAGCAAUACAGUCAGUACCAUAUAAAGGAGGAGUUACUUGUACCGGUGAUGCCUUUUAUAAGGCCAUACAAAUGUUUACAUCAUCAAAAGGCAUGCGUCAGGGUACCAAACAUGAAGUUUUAAUUCUUUCUGAUGGAGUAUCAAACUGCGGAAGAACUCUUUCUUCAGUAUUACCUAUGUUGCACGCAAAAGCAACUGUGUUUGGACUAAUGAUUGGUGGACAUUCGGAGAAGGGCAAGGACGAACUCACAUCGUAUGUCAGUCAACCUAAACCUGAUCACUUAUUUGCCGUUAAAGACUUUCAAGUUCUGAAAGAACUGCUGAAAGCAAUAAAAGACCAGAUAGAUAAAACAAAUCCAUGUGCACCAUUUGAAUUAUCGAAAAAAUAAUACUAUAUAAAAGUUUGUUACGAAAUUCGUUUUAUGUUUGAAUCUAUUUAGGUCGAUUGUAUUAAUAAACAAGAUUUACGUUUGGGAAAACAUGACCAUACAUUUCUACUAUAUCAAAAUAUAUAUAAAGGACCAAACUUUCGUAAAUUGAUCUAUUUCAAAAACCUGAAUUUGGCAUAAUAAAUCUCUCAAGGUGUAAUACCCCCAUCGAUAUCCCCUAUCAGCCAUUGUUUUUACACUUUUCAAUAAAAUAUGCAGAAUUUAUCUUUGUUUCAAAUAAAAAAUUACUUGGUU